AUGGGGGGCACAGACAAGGCUAUCAGCCUCGAGGAGAUCAAGAACGAGACUGUUGAUCUGGAGCGGAUUCCAAUUGAGGAAGUCUUUGAACAGUUGAAAUGUUCCAGAGAAGGUUUAAGUGGAGAGGAAGGAGCCCAGAGGCUAGAGAUUUUUGGUCCCAACAAACUAGAAGAGAAGAAGGAAAGCAAAUUUCUCAAGUUCUUGGGGUUCAUGUGGAAUCCUUUGUCAUGGGUCAUGGAAGCUGCAGCCAUUAUGGCAAUUGCUCUGGCCAAUGGAGAUGGGAAGCCCCCAGAUUGGCAAGACUUUGUUGGUAUUGUCUGCUUGCUGGUCAUCAACUCCACCAUCAGUUUCAUUGAAGAAAACAAUGCUGGGAAUGCAGCUGCUGCUCUUAUGGCUGGUCUUGCUCCUAAGACUAAGGUGCUUAGAGAUGGAAAAUGGAGUGAGGAGGAUGCUGCCAUUCUGGUUCCAGGGGACAUCAUCAGCAUCAAAUUGGGAGAUAUCGUCCCAGCUGAUGCUCGUCUUCUUGAGGGUGAUCCUUUAAAGAUUGAUCAAUCUGCCCUCACUGGAGAAUCACUUCCAGUGACCAAAAAUCCAGGUGAUGAAGUUUUCUCCGGUUCCACCUGCAAGCAGGGUGAAAUUGAAGCUGUUGUUAUUGCCACCGGUGUUCAUACUUUCUUUGGGAAGGCUGCACAUCUCGUGGACAGCACAAACCAAGUUGGACACUUCCAGAAGGUGCUCACUGCAAUUGGGAACUUCUGUAUCUGCUCCAUUGCGGUUGGAAUGCUGAUUGAGAUCGUAGUCAUGUACCCAAUUCAGCACCGCAAGUACAGGGAUGGAAUUGACAAUCUCUUGGUUCUCUUGAUUGGAGGCAUUCCCAUUGCCAUGCCCACUGUCUUGUCUGUGACAAUGGCUAUCGGGUCUCACCGGCUGUCUCAGCAGGGUGCCAUCACCAAGAGGAUGACUGCCAUUGAAGAAAUGGCUGGCAUGGAUGUGCUUUGCAGUGAUAAGACAGGAACACUAACUCUUAACAAGCUCAGUGUUGAUAAAAACCUUGUUGAGGUGUUUGCAAAGGGUGUGGAGAAAGAACAUGUGGUUUUGCUUGCUGCAAGGUCCUCAAGAACAGAAAACCAGGAUGCUAUUGAUGCUGCUAUGGUUGGAAUGCUCGCCGAUCCAAAGGAGGCCCGAGCUGCAAGCAAAGGUGCCCCUGAGCAGAUUUUGACCCUCUGCAACUGUAAAGAGGAUUUCAAGAAGAAGGCUUUUGCCAUUAUUGAUAAAUAUGCUGAACGUGGCCUUCGGUCAUUGGCUGUUGCUAGACAGGAAGUACCUGCAAAAUCAAAAGAAAGUGCCGGCGGUCCAUGGCAGUUUGUUGGAUUGUUGCCUCUUUUCGAUCCUCCAAGACAUGACAGUGCAGAAACUAUCCGCCAGGCUCUUAAUCUCGGUGUUAAUGUUAAGAUGAUUACAGGUGAUCAACUUGCCAUUGCCAAGGAAACUGGUCGAAGACUUGGAAUGGGAACAAACAUGUACCCAUCUGCUUCCUUACUUGGCCAAGACAAGGAUGCAAGCAUAGCUGCCCUUCCUAUAGAAGAGUUAAUUGAGAAGGCUGACGGGUUUGCCGGAGUGUUUCCAGAGCACAAAUACGAAAUUGUGAAGAAGUUGCAAGAGAGAAAACACAUUUGUGGAAUGACUGGCGAUGGUGUGAACGAUGCCCCUGCAUUGAAGAAGGCAGAUAUUGGAAUUGCUGUUGCUGAUGCUACAGAUGCUGCCCGAGGUGCUUCCGACAUUGUUCUUACAGAACCCGGAUUGAGUGUCAUCAUUAGUGCAGUGUUGACCAGUAGAGCUAUUUUCCAGAGAAUGAAGAACUACACAAUCUAUGCAGUUUCCAUCACAAUCCGUAUUGUGUUUGGUUUCAUGUUCAUCGCACUCAUAUGGAAGUUCGACUUCUCACCUUUCAUGGUUUUGAUUAUUGCCAUAUUGAAUGACGGCACAAUUAUGACAAUCUCAAAGGACAGAGUAAAGCCAUCACCCUUGCCUGAUAGCUGGAAAUUGAAAGAGAUAUUUGCUACCGGAAUUGUGCUUGGAGGUUACUUGGCAUUGAUGACUGUUAUCUUCUUCUGGUUGAUAAAAGAAACCGACUUCUUCUCUGACAAAUUUGGCGUACGAUCCAUAAGAGAGAGUCCUGAGGAACUAAUGGCUGCCUUAUACCUACAAGUGAGUAUUGUGAGUCAGGCUCUCAUUUUCGUGACUAGAUCCCGCAGCUGGUCCUUCCUUGAACGCCCUGGACUGCUACUACUCGGUGCUUUCAUGAUUGCGCAGCUGAUUGCAACUCUGAUAGCAGUGUAUGCCAACUGGGGUUUUGCAAGAAUACAAGGAGUUGGUUGGGGAUGGGCCGGUGUCAUCUGGAUUUACAGUAUUGUCUUUUAUUUCCCACUCGACCUAAUGAAGUUCGCCAUCCGUUACAUCUUGAGUGGAAAAGCCUGGCUUAACUUGCUUGAGAACAAGACUGCCUUUACCACCAAGAAAGAUUAUGGAAAAGAGGAGAGAGAAGCUCAAUGGGCUCUUGCUCAAAGGACCCUGCAUGGUCUCCAGGCACCAGAAGCUGCUAAUCUCUUCAAUGACAAGAGCAGCUACAGAGAGCUGUCUGAGAUUGCUGAGCAGGCCAAGAGACGAGCCGAAGUUGCAAGACUUCGGGAGCUUCACACACUCAAGGGACACGUGGAGUCGGUGGUGAAGCUAAAGGGCCUAGACAUCGAUACAAUCCAGCAGCAUUAUACAGUGUAA